GGACCAGUUGCGGGGCAGGGGCGAGGAAGACCAAGCGCAAGUGAGAUAGAUGAUAUAUACAAUGCGUAUCUACUUAUUUAGGUGAAGGGUGAGGAGUUGGAAUUUGCAAGAGGAAGCGUGGAGGAGAAGAGAAGAGAAGAGAAGAGCAAAGAAGAAAAGGAUUAGCAGAGGAAUGGAUAUGGAAACAGUGGAGAUGAUUAAUACAAGGUCCAGGUUUAAGAGGGUGUGUGUGUUUUGUGGAAGCAGCCCUGGCAAGAAGAGUAGUUAUCAGGAUGCAGCAGUUGAGCUAGGGAAAGAGCUGGUUUCAAGAAAUAUAGAUCUUGUUUACGGCGGAGGCAGCGUGGGACUGAUGGGUCUAGUUUCACAGGCCGUGCACGAAGGGGGUCGCCAUGUUUUAGGGGUUAUUCCCAAAACGCUAAUGCCUCGAGAGAUUACGGGGGAACCAGUAGGUGAAGUGAAAGCCGUGGCAGACAUGCAUCAAAGAAAGGCUGAGAUGGCCCGUCAAUCAGACGCUUUUAUUGCCUUACCAGGUGGCUAUGGAACUUUGGAAGAAUUACUGGAAGUAAUAACGUGGGCUCAGCUCGGCAUACACGACAAGCCAGUUGGGUUGUUGAACGUGGAAGGAUACUACAACUCUCUGUUGUCUUUCAUUGACAAGGCCGUUGAAGAAGGGUUCAUCAACCCCACCGCCCGCCAUAUAAUUGUAUCUGCUCCUACCGCCAAAGAGCUAGUGAGGAAAUUAGAGGAUUACGUCCCAAGACAUGAUCGAGUGGCUUCCAAAUUGAGCUGGGAGAUCGAACAGUUAGGUUAUUCUCCCAAGUCGGACAUUGCACGGUAGAGACACGGGGCUCAUUAAUUUAUACUUUGACAAAAGGAGUUCUUGAAAAGGAAAGAAAUUUUAUUAAGAAGACCCAAGGAGAGAAGGGGGAAAUGUAUAAAUCUUUUGCAACCGCGAGAAGUAAAGAGUUUUACGUUAAUGGGAGUUUCCCCCAAAGAAAUCACAGAGGGAAACUCAUUUGUACCAUAGAUGUAGAGAAAAAGGCAUUGACAAUGCACAAUUGUGCUCGACGUAACCCCUUAAAAAAUUCAAUCUAUUUUGCACAAAUUUCAUUUCCAUCUUCCGUGUUGGAAUCUCUCAUAUGACAUGUUUGUACAUCUCACUAAUGGUGAAUGGAAGGAAUUGUUUGUUCUCUCUCUCUCUCUUUCA